UUUUGAAACUCGCCGGAUUUAUUUUUGAGGCGCACCGCGGCACAAGCGCCUCACUCAAAAUCCACCCUAAUUAUUCUUAAAGUGUUACUUCCUACUUUGAUGCAUCAAGUCCCGUUCUAUAACGCUCGAAAAAGCAAAACACGUCUGUAUUAGUUAUGUCAACAAAUCAUUAGCAGUUGUGCAGCGAACUUUAGCUGUAGUUUAGUAUUUGUUCAGUCCCCCGUUGCUCUGAUCGACGGGAGCUGCAGUGAAAAUGGUCCCUCGUUUAAAGAUCAGAAACGCUUUCUCAAAUGUUGUCUUCGCCUCGCUCGUCGCUGCAGUCUGUGUAAGUGUGGGCUUUAGUGGGACUGCAGAGAUUGACGCGCGGAAAUGUUUAGUUUGGGGUCCUGGACUGAGUCCCGAUGCUGUACUUCCGGUCAGAUACUUCUACAUCCAGAGCGUGGACUCCCAGGGACACAACAUCAGCGCGUCUCCCGCUCCAGACUCGUUCAGAGUGAAGGUCUGGUCUCUGGAGAAGGAGUUUGUCCGUGUCCAUGUCCCGGCUCCUUUAGAUCGGGGCGACGGCUCUCUUCUGGUCAGAUACAGACUCUACGGAAGCUCCUCCAAGGGUCUGAAGAUUGAAGUCUUGUAUCGAGACGAGCCCGUGGCACACUCUCCCUACACUCUCAAGGGGCCGGUGUAUCACGAGUCCUGUGUGUGUCCCGAGCCGGAUCCGCUCGUCUGGAGGAGCGCUCUGCAGUGUCCCGAGGACGAGCCGCAGAUCCAGCAGGACUUCCUCUCCUUCCCGUCCAUCGACCUCCAGCGGCUCCUGAAGGAGGUUCCUGAGCGCUUCUCCAGACGAGGAGGACUGCUGCACUACAGCCUGAUCCACAACCAGCUGCACCGCCGCUCGCUCGGCAAGUACACCGACUUCAAGAUGUUCUCCGACGAGAUGCUGCUGUCCCUCGCGCGCAAGGUGAAGUUACCGGAUGUGGAGUUUUAUAUUAAUGUGGGAGACUGGCCGAUGGAGGACAGGAAGGCGGGAGAUAAACCCGGUCCGCUGCCCAUCAUCUCGUGGUGCGGCUCCACGGACACGCGUGACAUCAUCCUCCCCACGUAUGACAUCACACACUCGUCUCUGGAGGCCAUGAGGGGCGUCACCACUGACCUGCUGUCUGUGCAGGGCAACACAGGUCCUGUGUGGUCAGAUAAAACGGAGAAGGCGUUCUUCCGAGGCCGGGACAGUCGAGAGGAGCGUCUGCGUCUGGUUAAAAUGUCCAAAGAUAAUCCAGAGCUGCUCGAUGCGGGAAUAACUGCGUAUUUUUUCUUCCGCGACCGAGAGAAGGAUCUGGGAAAAGCACCGCUGGUGGGAUUCUUCGACUUCUUUAAGUACAAAUACCAGGUGAACGUGGACGGGACGGUAGCGGCCUACAGGUUUCCGUACCUGAUGCUGGGGAACAGCUUGGUCUUCAAGCAGGACUCGCCGUACUACGAGCACUUCUACACACAUCUGAACGCAGGAGUGCACUACAUCCCUGUGAAGAGAGACCUGUCUGACCUCCUCCAGAAGAUCCGCUGGGCUCAGGAGAAUGACACGCAGGCGGAGGCCGUAGCGAAGAGCGGACAGUCGCUGGUCAGAGAUCUGCUUCAGCCGCACAGACUCUACUGCUAUUACUACAGCGUUCUUCAGACGUACGCAGCUCGUCAGAGCACACGGCCUGCGGUUCAUCCCGACAUGGAGCUGGUUCCUCAGCCGUCUGAUCCCAGCACUCUGUGUGACUGCCAGCGGUCUCCAGACGAGCUCAAACCCCAGCAGAAGAACGAGCUCUGAGGACCGGCGACACCCAAUCAGAAUCAAGGAUGAGGACCAGCGACACCCAAUCAGAAUCAAGGAUGAGGACCAGCGACACCCAAUCAGAAUCAAGGAUGAGGACCGGUGACACCCAAUCAGAAUCAAGGAUGAAGACCAGCGACACCCAAUCAGAAUCAAGGAUGAGGACCGGUGACACCCAAUCAGAAUCCAGGACGGGCGGCUGAGUGCUGCUGGGAGUGAUGUGUUUAACACAUAAUGAUGUGCAUUAAUCCCACUGUUUUAAAUGACGUUUUUUUUUUCCUUUUUGCACCUGAUUCCUGUUUGAUAUGUUAUUGAACCGAGUAUGUGUUUUGUUUCCCUCUUGUUUCACCUUCCUAGGAUUUAUUUAAGUGUAACCAGGUUGAUGGAUAUCAUGUCGCAUCAAAUGAGUUUUAACGAAUGCUUUAAAUGAAGCUCAUGUAAGCUGAGCAUUAUUUUGUGCACGGGCUACACUCGAGCACAGUAUCACACUAAAAACAAUAUGAACCAUGCUUCGAAUCGUUGGAUUCUUUGAGGUCUGUGCAGCUGAUGAUAUGAAGCCCAAGCAGCGCUUCGAUUCUGAUGAUGGGGAGUUUCUGACUCAAACCUCUCAACAAAGCCAAGUCUGUCUGAAAUGAUGUUUUAUGUGCUUGCCUUAAACUUAAACACAUUCCAUUGGUUUCAUUUGUGCCUGAUCAGCUGGAGCUCAUGGGAAACCAGAACUACAGUAUUUUACCAUUUUGUAUGAAUUUGUGCUGUGUGAAUCAUGCAAAAACAUGAUUUUUAGAAAUAAAGUAAGAUUAGACAAAAUUUCACAAAUUUUCCACUAGUUUACCAAAAUGUGAAAAAGUCAAAGUGCCAUGAGAUUGUGAUGUCUUGCUGUAUGAGACUUUUGGAAAACCCUGUGAUAUAUUUUGUUUUGAACCGGACAUACAUUUUGUAUUAAUGUUUCUAUGUACGCAUUAAAGAAAUAAUUCACCCCAAAAUAAAAAUUUGCUGAAGAUUUCCUCGA